UGGCUGCGAUAAUUGAACGUGGGAAAUUCCUUGAACUAAGUUACCACGAUCCAUCAAUACGCCACCAGCUCGAAUGAAGAUUCGGCGCCUCAUAGAGAAUUCUAUAAUCCAUCUGGAGCAGUCUGUCUUCUGUGCAGUUAUUCGAAGAAUGGAAGUCCAACAGCAGACCGCCUCGAGGCGCGAAUGGAUCGGCUAUUAUCAUGACUGAGUAGGGCCCAUCGUUCAAAGUUUGGAAUCCUUUCUGUCUCCCUUGUUCUUCUCUCAUAAUGGCUCAAAUAACCUGUCCCAACGUUCUUACUCAAGGAACCUGCUCAGACCAUUCAUGUCAAUACGAGCACAAUGUGUACAAUUGUACCCUUUGUGCGAAUGUAUUCGCCAAUCAAAUAGCUUAUAACGACCAUCUAUCAUCCAAGACCCAUAUCAAUAAAACUGCUGGAGAGACUGGGCUCCUUCUUUUUUGCAUCGUCUGUGAAAAAUACGUGUCAGGAAUGAAGAACUGGCAAGGUCACGUCUCUGGCGCGAAGCAUGCGUCAAAGGCCAUUGCGAAAGGCAUGUCUCCUGACGUGCCUCCCGAAGAACCUGAACAGGUCCCAGGACAUCAGUUGUGUGUCGUAUGCAAUCGGCACAUUCCCAGUCGAUCUUGGGCUAGGCAUCCGAUGCAGGCUCAGCACAAGGAACGCGAGCAGUUUCUCAAAUUCACGUCAGCUGUGGAAGACACAGAGAAAGACAAGAACGGCGUCAGCGUGAUUGGGGACUUCGACUUCAAGAUUAUCGAGCUUGAAGAAGCUGCGUCUGGGGUUGUGCGAGCUGGGACGAUACAGUGCCAAAUUCCAGCAACACGUAUGAGCUUAAUGGAUAUCAGGCUUGCUUCUGCAAAGGGGAAAGCAACACUUUCUCCCUUCACUGUCACCCUCAACAACUCUAUUCGCACGUUGAGCUCUCGUAACAGCCUUCAAUUUUCCGUUAAAAUGACCCAAAAUCAUCUUGGUCGAGCUGAGGAUCGUGUUGAACUUCUGUUUGAAGACGUUCGACUUCAAUCUCGCUUCAUAAUAACACGUCCAUUGCUCGUCAUAGUCGGUUCCCGAGCCGACCAUGACCUGCUUAGACCUAGAGUCCCGUACGCUCCACGUAAGCGUACCCAGAGACAUCCUGAGACCAACGUAGUAGAAGGUAUAGCUCCGCCUUCCACUCAGGCCAUCCCUUACGUCGGAAGGCUCCCUCUGGCAAUUAUACCCGGACACUUGUCUAAUACUUUGUCGACUGGGUCUACGAAAGAAGUGCUCGCGCGUCUUCGGAGGAUGUAUCUUCCUCCAGUCUUGGACAGUGAAACAUACAGCAAGCACUUUAAGCAUCUGAUUUGGGUUGAAGAGUUUCAAAUGGACCGAGACUUGCAAUACUAUGACAUUAACGAUGCCCAACUGAAGCAACACAACUCAUACUAUUACUUGACUGUCCCUGGUUUAGCUGAGAAACGACCCAGUGUCCUAGUCGGUGACCGUAUCAUAGUUCGUCGACCAAGUGGUCCUCCAGGCCACUGGUAUGAAGGCGGUGUUCACGUUGUUCGUAGAGACGAAGUUGGUUUAAGGUUUCACCGAUCAUUUGUCGCAUCUGCAGGAGAGAGAUUCUUCGUCCGAUUCAAAUUGAACCGCUUCCCCAUGCGUAGACAGCACCAAGCACUCGACUCGGCAUUCUCCCAGGAUCGCGUUCUAUUUCCUGGUAAAUUACAUUUGUUCAAGUCAAUACCUCGUACGAUUACACCUUCAACACUGAGGUGGUAUAACACCCUCAUCGCGGGUAAUCCACCUCAGAAGCAAGCUGUACUUUCGAUUACGUACCGAGAACCUGGCUCGAUGCCGUUUAUUAUAUUUGGACCUCCUGGAACGGGGAAAACGGUGACGAUGGUCGAAGCGAUACUUCAAGUCCUUGCGACGAAUUCCACCUCUCGAAUAUUUGCUUGUGCGCCAUCCAAUUCCGCCGCGGAUCUUAUCACUUCACGACUUGCAUCUGCUCAUCUGAAGGUCACUGAACUCUUCAGGGCUUACGCCCCAUCUCGUAGCAAAGAUGACGUUCCGAUCACGAUUCUUCCCCAUACCCGUCAGAAUCGCGAUGGGCACUUCACUGUGUAUCCCAUGCGAGAUAUGCUCAAUUUCAGAGUGAUAGUCACAACUUGCGUUUCUGCAAGUAUCCUUUCUGGAAUCGGGAUGCCUAGAGGGCAUUUCAGUCACAUAUUUGUGGAUGAGGCGGGACAGGCGACGGAGCCGGAGGUGAUGAUUGGGAUCAAGUCAAUGAGUGAUAAUAGUACAAAUAUCAUACUUUCUGGAGAUCCUAAGCAGCUAGGUCCGAUCAUCAGGUCGAGUGUGGCAAGGGUGCUAGGUUUGGAGAUGAGUUAUAUUGAAAGAUUGAUGAACAGGGACAUUUAUGAUGAGGUCGGAGGAUAUGGUAAAUCGGUUGUGAAACUCGUCAAAAACUUCCGUUCGCACAGCGCCAUCUUGAAGUUUCCUAACGAAAAGUUCUAUCGCGGGGACCUCCAAUGCUGUGGGGACCCCAAGACAAUCAACUUCUACAUCAACUCUCAGCAUCUCGUGAAGAAGAAUUUUCCGAUUGUAUUCCACUCGAUUUCUGGAAAGGACGAUCGGGAGGCUUCAUCACCGUCGUUCUUCAAUAUCGAUGAAGUGACACAGGUCAAGACAUUGAUAGCGAAGUUGCGGUCGGAUAGGAACCAGAGGAUCACGGAUAAUGAUAUUGGUGUUAUUGCUCCUUACCAUGCGCAAGUCCGGAAGCUUCGAGUGGCGCUGCGACCCAUCGCAGACGCUGUAAAAGUCGGAAGCGUUGAGGAGUUCCAAGGGCAGGAACGACGGGUCAUCAUCAUAUCAACCGUGCGAAGUAGCAAGGAAUUUGUAGAGUAUGACCUUAAACAUACACUCGGGUUUGUUGCAAACCCUCGACGGUUCAAUGUUGCUGUCACCCGCGCUCAAGCUCUUCUAUACGUCGUCGGCGAUCCUUCUGUCCUCUCGCUCGAUCCCCUUUGGCGUAACUUUUUGAACUACAUCCACAAGAAUGGUGGUUGGAAGGGCCCUCCGCCCACCUGGGAUACCCGUGCACCUGUUGAUGAUAACGGAAAAUACGAUGUUAGUGUGCGGAGUGCUGCACAAGCUGACAUGAAUGAGUUCACGAGGAUGAUCGAGGCCCUAACGCUCAAUGGAGUACAGGCGCUUGAGGACGGGGAAGAUGAGGAUCAGGACGUUGAUCAUAAUAUUGAUCGGCCAUGGAAUGAGGUCGAGUGAGCCUCUUCUGGACAGGCAAAUCUGUAUAUAUGGAUUGCGGUAUGUUAAUCACAUUGUUAGUAGUUCGUAGUAUCAUAUUAAAUCAGGAGAUUUCAUCCACGA